GGACGUGCUCAGAGGCGGGGGGAUGUGGCGGGCGGCUGCGGGCAGCUGGAUACAAAGAGUCGGGCGGCGGCGCCUCGUUACAUUUGUAGCCGCGCAGUGAAACAUUGUGGCUGCGGCGGGACAGGGCGGGCAGAGCCGGCGCUUCCGUGAGCCGCGGGCGGCGGAGGAGGGACGGGAGAGGUCGGCGGCGGCGGGAGCGGGAGGGGCGACGCUCUAACCCCACGUGUGUGUGCGCUGCCCGGACCGGGCCAGCACCCAGCGUCCGGGCCAGGAUGCCCAAGAAGAAGCCGGGACCCAUUCAACUGCACCCGAGUCCCGAUGGAUCCGCGAUCAACGGCACCACUUCCGCAGAGACAAAUUUGGAAGCUCUGCAGAAGAAGUUGGAGGAACUCGAGCUGGACGAACAGCAGCGGAAACGGCUGGAGGCGUUUCUGACCCAGAAGCAGAAAGUCGGAGAGCUGAAGGAUGACGACUUUGAGAAGAUCUCGGAGCUGGGCGCGGGCAAUGGAGGUGUCGUCUUCAAAGUCUCCCACAGACCGUCUGGCCUAAUCAUGGCCCGAAAGCUGAUCCACCUGGAGAUAAAGCCGGCCAUUCGGAACCAGAUCAUCCGAGAGCUGCAGGUCCUGCACGAGUGCAACUCUCCCUAUAUCGUGGGAUUCUAUGGAGCUUUCUACAGUGACGGGGAGAUCAGCAUCUGCAUGGAGCACAUGGAUGGUGGAUCAUUGGAUCAAGUGCUCAAAAAAGCAGGAAGAAUUACAGAGCAAGUCCUGGGCAAAGUGAGCAUAGCUGUUAAUAAGGGACUGGCCUACCUACGGGAGAAACACAAGAUCAUGCACAGAGAUGUUAAGCCUUCGAACAUCCUGGUGAAUUCCCGUGGUGAAAUCAAGCUUUGUGACUUUGGGGUCAGUGGGCAGCUGAUUGACUCGAUGGCCAACUCGUUUGUUGGGACCAGGUCCUACAUGUCUCCGGAAAGACUCCAGGGGACACACUACUCUGUUCAGUCUGAUAUCUGGAGUAUGGGCCUCUCCCUGGUGGAGAUGGCGAUCGGCAGGUAUCCAAUUCCUCCACCUGAUGCUAAAGAGCUUGAACAAAUUUUUGGCUGUCACAUGGGUGAAGACUCCUCCUCCGACCAGAGCAGUCGACCACCUGGGCGCCCUGGGAGCUCUUUUGGUGUGGACAGUCGACCUCCAAUGGCGAUAUUUGAACUGUUGGAUUACAUAGUCAAUGAGCCGCCUCCUAAGUUACCAUCUGGAGUUUUCACUGAUGAAUUCCAGGAUUUUGUGAAUAUUUGCUUGAUAAAGAAUCCUGCAGAGAGAGCAGACUUGAAGCAGCUCAUGGCUCAUUCUUUCAUCAAGCGAUCAGAGGCGGAAGAGGUGGAUUUUGCAGGCUGGCUGUGCACAACGAUUGGCUUGAAGCAGCCAAGCACUCCGACGCACACUCCCGCUAUAUGAGUCACCCAUGCCGCUAAACCACUGUUCUGUCUUUGUGCAGCAAACUGAUGGAUGUUUCUGCUGAUGUUACCUCAUCAUAACCCUCUAUCCCAUUAUAUAUUUAAAGAGAUGUAUUUACAUUUUUAAAGGAAUAAUGUCUGUUAAAAUUGUCAAAAUUUAACUGCCCCUCUUAAAUUUUAGAAUUUGCCAAUGGGAAUAGGUAGCAAGUUGAUCUUACUUACGGCUCAGCGCCAACAGGGAAUAAGUUGAGGGUAAUCAGGUAACUUUACAGGGAUGGUACUAACCUAUUGUACACCCAAUGUUGUGGAUAACUGGGAAACCCCUGCUACUUGCAGGGCUAUAACUCAUUUUAAAGAGUCUGCUGGUCUCUAGGUGGCACUUACAGAAUGCUCUGAAUACUUAUUAAUGUAUACACUGCACUGCAGCUAGAGAAACUGGAAUUGCAACUUAAAUGACACAUUCUCCCUAAUUUAUUUCUACUGCAACCCUUGUUCUCUGCUCACUAGUGUAACUCCAAAGCCAGGAGUUGGAUAGGUGGAAGAAACUGAAAUCAGUACUCUUACCCCAAUGACCAUCCACCUCAAAACAGCCAGACUGAGUAGAAGAUUAUAGAUUAUCAGCAGGAAAUCCUUGAGAGCCUGGGAUCAUUAAGAGGGUAGAACUUGUGCUGCAACUUCUGACACUUGCCUAUUGGGAUUUCAACAAACUGGAGGUGUGUGGGUGCCAUUGCCUUUACUACAUCAUUUGAAACCAACUGGUGCAGCUAGCCUCUAGCACCAUUUAGUUGCUUUCCCGCAAAGGCAGAACUGGUAGGAUUUCUGCCUGAUGGCUUGGAGCAUAACAGCUCUUGCCUGGUUCUUUGGUAAAAGGGAUUGAUCUAAAACCUGUUCACUUGCUUGAGGAAAGCCCAGUUCGGAGGGGCAAUCAUAUGCUCCUGUUGCUGGUUUCCUUCUCCUUCCUGAUGGCUGAUUGUUUAGUUCAAGAUGAAGCCUGUGCCCAGUUAUUUCAAGGUGUGCAGUUUCUGCAAAAUUCAUGCCCAGAUAUUUCAUAUCAGGGCAAAAUUGAAUGAAUUUGUGCUACACAUUGUGGAUUUUUCAAACUGGCACAUUACAUUCAACAUCUUUGCUUCUGUACACCUUUACACAGGUUUAAACUCCAUUUGCAUGGCCCAGUACUGGCUUCAGAACUGACCCCUGCAUCAAGUAGGAAUUUAAGGGUGAUAAAUGUAUUUAGUUUCUCAGGCUUGUGCAUCAUUAAUCACUCACUUCUACUGACAACCUCUUUAAUGAAAGUCUCUCCUUUGCCUCUCUUCCGCCCCCCCCCCCCCCCCCACCCCCGGCAGAAACUUUAGACUAAACUCAGUUAUAGUAGAGGAGAUUGUUGUAUGGCUUUAAUUCUGCUCAUGUAACAAGAGCAUUACAACGUAAAAGGCAAAACACUGUGGAUAUUGACAAUCUGAAACAAUGUUGGAAAUGUGUGACCAGCACUGGAAGAUAUAGCAAGUUUUAAGCAUGUGCAGAAUGAGAAAUAAGUGGAGAAGGGAAUUGUAAUACAAGGGAUGAAUGAGUGUAAUGGGUGUGGGUGUAGAGGAGCUGUAUCACCAGUUGCUGUCAGAAAGUGGUAAUUCAUUGAAUGUGGAAGACUGUAAAAUUAUCAAAAGGUGAAAAACUAUUGUUUAACACAAGGCAGUGAUCAGAAUUAAGCUAUCAAAAAAAAAGCUUGGGGUAUUACAUAUGGAAUACUAAGUCAAUGUGGGGAAAAGUAAAUCAGUUAAAGGAUGGCACUGUACCACUUUGAAACAAGAAAUAUACAGGCUCAGUCAUUCCCUAAUUUUACAUUCGGGUAUUAAUGUGACCACCUCUGCACGUCCAGUGGAAAAUGUGCACUUACCUGGGUGAUUUUCUACCAUUUAUGAAGCUGAAAGAACAAAUUAAGCUGGAUUGUAAAAUGGAAGAGCAUUAAUUUCUUAAUGUUUAGUAUUUAUUUAAGUCUACAGAGUUUAAGCUUUCUGGGAUAGCUGGUGUAUCAGUGAGUUUAAAUUCAUCUGUUGUAUUUGCAAAAAGUACUUCCAAUUACCCUAUUUGUGAAGCAGAUGAAAAUUUUACAUUAAGGUACAUAAACUUGCACAGACAUGCAGUAGUAUGUCAGCUGAGGGUAUCACAAAUUCGUUUUGGUAAAAUUAUCUGAGACAGCCCAAGAUGGACAAGCCUGUUUUUAUGAUUACCUUGUCUAGAAGAAUGUUUAAGGCCUCCUUUACUGGUUUGAUAGAACGUUUUGUUCUCACAGUAAAUGACAUCUAAACUAUCCCAGAUGUAUCAACCAUGGAGCAGAUAGGAUCCUCAUGCAUGUGUUUUAAAAUCAAUAAAUUGUACCUGCUAAGCAAUUAGCAAAACUUUUAGGACUUUAUAAUCCCUUAAAGCAUAUUAUGAUUUGUAGUUAGUGAACAGAUAUUGUACCUUGAGUAAUCAGCUGCAAUAGCCAUAAACUGGCUAUCCAACUCAAUGGCUGUAGAUUCUUGCUCUGUCAUUACUCUGGUGCCAUUGAGAAUUGGAUAGCUCUAUCGACCAAGUUAAAUUCAGGACAGAUAUACACUUGGCUUAUCUGGGCAUUGGCAGAUAAGGCCAACAGAUUUUGAACCUCCUUUAUCCCUUAGUUUUUCAGAUUAUUCCCCAGGCACUCAACUAUUCAAAUGUGUACAAGAUAUUAGUGCUCCAUUUCAUUGUUCUUGAUCUUCACUUGGUGGAAAGUAGCACGGAAAAUUGCAGUAUUGACAUAACUCACCUGCACUAUGCUGCUGAGGCUUUGUUCCCCUGCCACUCCUUCACUAGGAACCUCAACAAUCCACCUUCUACAGAGAACUUUUGUACUGAUGUUUUUGGAAAAUCAUGAUAACAAAUUGGAAACUUAAGGAUCAGAUGUGCAGUGCACAAUCAGACACUCUUUCUUUAAGACCAAGUGUAACCAGUGAGAAAAUAUUGUUGACUGCUAAAUUGGUGUGAAUCAAGUGUGCAAUUCAAAACCCUCUCAAUCUGUGUUCCUGCUAAAGUUUUCACCAUUAAAGUCCAAUGUUGCAAUAAA